CCGUAGUUCUUCCUUUUUUCUAACUGUGCAGAGACUAAAGAUGGCUGAAGCUCCUCCAUGCACAAGCCGGUUCUUCUGUCACAGAUGCUCACUGGAGAUUAUUCCUCGGCUCCCCGAAUAUAUGUGUCCACAAUGUGAGUCUGGAUUUAUUGAGGAGCUGCUGGAAGAGAGAAGUGCUGACAAUGGGUCCAUGUCCACCAUCUCCAGCGGACCCCAGAACCAACAGCCAUUGGAGAAUAUGGACCAGCAGUCUAUGUUCCCCUCCGGCUUUGGUCAGUUUUCCGUUAGCGUCUUUGAUGACACCUUUGACCUCGGGCCUGGACUAGGGACAGAGGACAAUCGGGAUGCUGAAAACCAGUCAGAAAGGGACAUGUCGUCUCGGCAGCGAUACGGUGCCAGGCAGAGUAGAAGUCGUCAUGGUUCAAGACGCCAAGCAGGAAGGCACGACGGAGCUCCUACUUUAGAAGGAAUCAUCCAACAACUUGUGAAUGGAAUACUUGGACCUCCUGUAAACAUUGGUGUUGGGGCCUGGGGGGUCCUCCACUCCAAUCCGAUGGACUAUGCUUGGGGUGCUAAUGGACUUGAUGCUAUUAUAACACAGUUAUUAAACCAGUUUGAGAACUCGGGUCCACCGCCUGCUGACGGUGACAAAAUAAGAAAUCUUCCUACACUGGAAAUUACCGAUGAGCAUGUUGCUUCAGGACUGGAAUGUUCAGUGUGUAAAGAAGAUUACAGCGUUGGAGAAAACGUGCGACAGCUCCCGUGCAAUCACAUGUUUCACAAUGAUUGCAUAGUCCCCUGGCUGGAACAGCACGACACUUGUCCAGUGUGCAGGACGAGCUUGACUGGACUGAACACGGCAACAAACCCUCCAGAACUCUCAGAGAUGAACUUUUCAUCCUCCCCUUCCUCCUCCUUGUCCUCCUCCUCUUCGUCGCCAUCCUCCUCCUCCACCUCUUCUUCCCCUCCAUCCUUGGAUUCCACCAGCAACGAGAGCUCCACUGAUAACUCGUAGGCAGGGUAUUUGUAUCCGUCACCUCAUGAGCCGGUUUCUGCUCCUCGGCUGAGCAGUGACCUCCAGUCCCUCCCUGCUGUAGGGCAGAGGCCUGAGUGCAUAUCACCAGGAUCACUCAGGCCUGUUUCAGGGGUAAGUGAUACAUGUGUUUAUGUAUUUUUGCCCGCUGUGUCCCCUCCGUGCCCCCACCACCACCACCACCACCACCUUCACCGGGAAUGUGAACAAUGGAAGGGCAGACGCCUGCGGUGCAGCUUCUGACUGGGAGGAUGUGGAAAAGCGUGAAAACUUCAAGAGAUUCGUGGAGCUCAAAGCACCUCUUAAAAGAGGAGAAUCCAAAGGUAGAAGACCAGGAGCGCCGAGACAAUAACCAGUGUUUUUUCAAACCUCCAGCCUUGGUUGAUAUAAUACGACCCACUUUUGCGAUAGACAAAACGUACGGGUGUUCCUUUUGGUAAUAAGUCGCGUUCAAAUCUUUGAGUGCGCAGCUUCAGUGUGCAUUCAGAUGUAUUUAUGGUGGUGAACGAAUAUUACUCUUCAGUAUCUUUCCAAUUAAAAUUUACAAUAGUUUGUAGAAUUGUUUAUUUUGAACAAGCGAUUUUUAUCUGAUGAGUUGCAGUGGUUGUUUGAAUAAAACUAGUCUUUCUUUAAGGUCCAGUCCGCGCUAACCUAAGUAUUUUUAAAAACUGAGUUUUCUUUUAAUCUCAGUUGCUGCAGUUUUUGGUGACAAAAUCGAAGCAUUACA